AUGCAGCACGACGAAUUGAUCUGGUCGAAUAUUGGAAACAAAAAUUUUUGUGCGUUCAAAGCGUCUGCAAGAACCCAAGGGACGUCCAAGUUCUGUAGAAAUGAAUACAAUCUUACUGGUAUCUGCGCCCGACAGACCUGUCCUUUGGCGAACAGCCAGUACGCAACGAUCAAGGAAGAGAAUGGCGUCUGCUAUCUUUACCAGAAGACGAUUGAGCGCGCCGCGUUUCCAGCCAGAUUGUGGGAGAAGACCAAAUUGAGCCGCAACUACAAAACAGCGCUCGAGCAAAUCGACGAAAAGCUAAUCUACUGGCCUUGGUUCUUGCGCCACAAGUGCAAGCAGCGAUUCACGAAAAUCUUUCAAUACCUGAUCCGAAUGCGAAAACUGGUGUUGAAGGGAGACAAGGAAAUCGUACCGCUAAGUCGGAAACAAGAGAAGAGAGACACGAGACGAGAGAAGAAAGCGCUGGUUGCAGCUCAGCUCGAGACUGCAAUCGAAAAGGAACUGCUUGAUCGACUGAAGAAAGGAACGUACAACGAUAUUUACAACUUCAACAAUGCCAGCUUCGAUAAAAUAUUGAAAGAAGGCGAAGAGAAAGAAGAUGAAGACGAGAGCGAGGACGAUUCAGACGUCGGCGAGACGACUUUUGUUGAAGACUUUUCCGACUUUGAAAGUGACGAAGAGCAAGAUAUUGAAGAUUUGGAGCUAGAGCAAGAAACAGAAAUCGAAGCACCAGCCAGAAAACGAAAGCAUUUGAAGAUCAUGAAGGAGAAAGAAAUCGAAUUAGCUGGACCAAGCAAGAGAAAACUCAAAAAUUGA